UCAGUCACCAAAUUCAUACGCAUUGGCAUUGCCGAUAAGAACGAUAAUCCACCCUAUUUCGACAAGUCGCUGUACGAGGCCGAAGUGGAUGAGAAUGAGGAUAUUCAGCAUACAGUGCUCACUGUGACGGCCAAGGAUCACGAUGAGUCCUCACGUAUUCGCUAUGAAAUCACCAGCGGCAACAUCGGCGGCGCUUUUGCGGUUAAAAAUAUGACGGGUGCCAUUUAUGUGGCCGGCGCAUUGGAUUACGAAACGAGACGCAGGUACGAGCUGCGCUUGGCUGCCUCCGAUAAUCUGAAGGAAAACUAUACGACAGUCAUCAUACAUGUCAAGGAUGUUAACGAUAAUCCGCCAGUGUUCGAGCGGCCCACAUAUCGCACACAGAUCACCGAAGAGGACGAUCGCAAUCUGCCCAAACGUGUUCUGCAGGUCACCGCCACCGAUGGGGACAAGGAUCGUCCACAGAACAUUGUCUAUUUCCUAACUGGCCAAGGCAUAGAUCCCGAUAAUCCCGCUAAUAGCAAAUUCGACAUUAAUCGCACAACAGGCGAAAUAUUCGUGCUUAAGCCUUUGGAUCGUGAUCAACCGAAUGGACGGCCGCAGUGGCGUUUCACAGUCUUUGCCCAGGACGAAGGCGGCGAAGGACUCGUGGGCUAUGCGGACGUGCAGGUGAACCUGAAGGACAUCAACGACAAUGCGCCCAUCUUCCCGCAAGGCGUUUACUUUGGCAAUGUAACGGAGAAUGGAACCGCCGGCAUGGUGGUGAUGACAAUGACUGCGGUGGACUACGAUGAUCCGAAUGAGGGCUCAAAUGCACGUCUGGUCUAUUCGAUUGAGAAGAACGUGAUUGAGGAGGAGACUGGAUCGCCCAUCUUUGAGAUUGAGCCGGAUACGGGUGUGAUAAAGACGGCCGUGUGCUGCUUGGAUCGUGAGCGUACGCCGGACUAUUCGAUACAAGUCGUUGCAAUGGAUGGCGGGGGGUUAAAGGGCACGGGCACGGCGUCUAUACGUGUCAAGGAUAUUAACGACAUGCCGCCGCAGUUCACCAAGGACGAGUGGUUCACGGAGGUGGACGAAACCGACGGCACCGCGCUGCCCGAGAUGCCCAUUUUGACCGUCACAGUGCACGACGAGGACGAGACGAACAAGUUCCAAUACAAGGUUAUCGAUAACAGCGGCUAUGGCGCCGAUAAGUUUACCAUGGUGCGGAACAACGAUGGCACCGGCUCUCUGAAGAUUGUCCAGCCGCUCGAUUACGAGGAUCAGCUGCAGAGCAACGGCUUCCGCUUCCGCAUACAGGUGAACGACAAGGGCGAGGAUAACGAUAACGAUAAAUAUCACGUGGCCUACUCGUGGGUCGUGGUCAAGCUGCGCGACAUCAACGACAACAAGCCGCACUUUGAGCGCGCCAAUGUGGAGGUGUCCGUGUUCGAGGACACCAAGGUGGGCACCGAGCUGGAGAAAUUCAAGGCCACCGAUCCGGAUCAGGGCGGCAAGAGCAAGGUCUCCUACUCCAUCGACCGCUCCUCCGAUCGCCAGCGACAAUUCGCCAUCAAUCAGAAUGGCUCGGUCACCAUCCAACGCUCGCUCGACCGUGAGGUAGUGCCCCGGCAUCAGGUCAAGAUCUUGGCCAUUGACGAUGGCUCGCCACCGAAGACGGCUACGGCCACGCUAACGGUCAUUGUGCAGGACAUCAACGACAAUGCGCCCAAAUUCCUCAAGGACUAUCGACCGGUGCUGCCGGAGCAUGUACCGCCACGCAAAGUGGUCGAAAUUCUGGCCACCGACGACGAUGAUCGCUCGAAGAGCAACGGACCACCAUUCCAGUUCCGCUUGGAUCCCAGUGCCGAUGAUAUCAUACGCGCCUCCUUCAAGGUCGAACAGGAUCAAAAGGGCGCCAACGGAGACGGCAUGGCUGUUAUAUCCUCGCUGCGUUCGUUCGAUCGCGAGCAGCAGAAGGAGUACAUGAUACCCAUUGUGAUCAAGGACCAUGGCUCGCCCGCCAUGACGGGCACCAGCACGCUGACCGUGAUCAUUGGCGAUGUGAACGACAACAAGAUGCAGCCGGGCUCCAAGGAUAUAUUCGUGUACAACUAUCAGGGUCAAUCGCCCGACACGCCCAUUGGCCGUGUGUACGUCUACGAUCUGGAUGACUGGGAUCUGCCCGACAAGAAGUUCUACUGGGAGGCGCAGGAGCAUCCGCGCUUCAAGCUGGACGAAGACUCCGGCAUGGUCACCAUGCGCGCCGGCACCCGCGAGGGCCGCUACCAUCUGCGCUUCAAGGUCUACGACCGCAAGCACACCCAGACCGAUGUGCCGGCCAAUGUGACCGUGAUGGUGCGCGAGAUCCCACACGAGGCGGUGAUCAACUCGGGCUCGGUGCGUUUGUCGGGCAUCUCCGACGAGGACUUCAUACGCGUCUGGAACUAUCGCACCCAGAGCCUGAGUCGCUCCAAGCUGGACAGGUUCAGGGACAAGCUGGCGGAUCUCCUGAAUACGGAGCGUGAGAAUGUCGACAUAUUCAGCGUGCAGCUGAAGCGCCGCAAUCCUCCGCUCACUGAUGUCCGCUUCUCUGCCCACGGAUCGCCGUACUACAAGCCCGUGCGGCUGAACGGCAUUGUGCUGAUGCAUCGCGAGGAGAUCGAGAAGGAUGUGGGCAUCAAUAUAACCAUGGUGGGCAUCGACGAGUGCCUCUACGAGAACCAGAUGUGUGAGGGCAGCUGCACCAACUCGCUGGAGAUCAGCCCCCUGCCCUACAUGGUGAAUGCGAACAAGACGGCGCUGGUGGGCGUGCGCGUGGACACGCUGGCCGACUGCACCUGUGGCGCCCGCAACUUCAGCAAACCCGAGUCCUGCCGCAGCACGCCCUGCCACAACGGCGGACGCUGUGUGGACACGCGCUUCGGCCCGCACUGCUCCUGCCCGGUGGGCUAUACGGGGCCGCGCUGCCAGCAGACGACGCGCAGCUUCCGCGGUAACGGCUGGGCCUGGUAUCCGCCGCUCGAGAUGUGCGACCAGUCGCAUUUGAGCCUGGAGUUCAUAACACGCAAGCCGGACGGCCUGAUCAUCUACAACGGACCCAUUGUGCCGCCGGAGCGGGACGAAAUGCUGAUCUCUGACUUUAUAGCACUCGAGCUGGAGCGCGGCUAUCCACGGCUGCUCAUCGACUUCGGCUCUGGCACCCUGGAGCUGCGCGUGAAGACGAAGAAGACGCUGGACGACGGCGAAUGGCAUCGCAUCGAUCUCUUCUGGGACACGGAGGACGUGCGCAUGGUUGUUGACUUUUGCAAAUCGGCCGAGAUCAGCGAAAUGGAGGACGGCACGCCACCCGAGUUCGACGACACCUCCUGCCAGGCACGCGGCCAGAUUCCGCCCUUCAAUGAGUAUCUGAAUGUGAAUGCCCCGCUGCAGGUGGGCGGCCUCUACAGAGAGCAGUUCGAGCAGUCGCUCUACUUCUGGCACUACAUGCCCACAGCGAAGGGCUUCGAUGGCUGCAUCAGGAAUCUUGUGCACAACUCGAAGCUCUACGAUCUGGCCCAUCCAGGACUCUCGCGCAACAGCGUGGCAGGCUGCCCGCAGACGGAGGAGGUGUGUGCCCAAACGGAGGCAACGGCACGCUGCUGGGAGCACGGCAACUGCGUGGGCUCGCUGUCCGAGGCGCGCUGCCAUUGCCGGCCCGGCUGGACGGGACCCGCGUGCAACAUACCCACGGUGCCGACGACCUUCAAGGCGCAGAGCUAUGUGAAGUAUGCGCUCAGCUUUGAGCCGGAUCGCUUUAGCACGCAGGUGCAGCUGCGCUUCCGGACGCGCGAGGAGCACGGCGAACUGUUCCGGGUGAGCGAUCAGCACAAUCGCGAGUACGGCAUACUGGAGAUCAAGGAUGCGCGCCUGCACUUCCGCUACAAUCUGAACUCGCUGCGCACCGAGGAGAAGGAUCUGUGGCUCAACUCGGUGGCCGUCAACGAUGGCCAGUGGCAUGUGGUGCGCAUCAAUCGCUAUGGCUCCGCGGCCACCUUGGAGCUGGACGGCGGCGAGGGCAGGCGCUACAACGAGACGUUCGAGUUUGUGGGCCACCAGUGGCUGCUGGUCGACAAGCAGGAGGGCGUCUAUGCGGGCGGCAAGGCCGAGUAUACGGGCGUGCGCACAUUUGAGGUGUAUGCGGAUUACCAGAAGAGCUGCCUCGACGACAUACGUCUGGAGGGCAAACACCUGCCCCUGCCGCCGGCCAUGAACGGCACGCAGUGGGGUCAGGCCACGAUGGCACGCAACCUGGAAAAGGGCUGCCCCUCGAACAAGCCCUGCUCGAAUGUCAUUUGCCCCGAUCCCUUCGAGUGUGUGGAUCUUUGGAAUGUCUAUGAGUGCACUUGCGGCGAGGGACGCAUCAUGUCGCCCGAUUCAAAGGGCUGCAUGGAUCGCAACGAAUGCCUCGAUAUGCCCUGUAUGAACGGUGCCACGUGCAUCAAUCUUGAGCCGCGUCUGCGCUAUCGCUGCAUCUGCCCCGAUGGCUUCUGGGGCGAGAGCUGUGAGCUGGUUCAGGAGGGUCAGACCCUCAAGCUGAGCAUGGGCGCCCUGGCGGCCAUACUCGUUUGCCUGCUGAUCAUACUGAUACUCGUUCUCGUAUUUGUGGUCUACAAUCGGCGGCGCGAGGCGCAUAUCAAAUAUCCCGGACCCGACGACGAUGUCCGCGAGAAUAUUAUCAACUAUGACGAUGAGGGCGGCGGCGAGGAUGAUAUGACCGCCUUUGAUAUAACGCCACUGCAGAUACCAAUUGGCGGACCCAUGCCGCCCGAACUGGCGCCCAUGAAAAUGCCAAUUAUGUAUCCCGUGAUGACGCUUAUGCCCGGCCAGGAGCCCAAUGUGGGCAUCUUCAUUGAGGAGCAUAAAAAGCGUGCCGAUGGCGAUCCGAAUGCCCCGCCCUUCGAUGAUUUGCGCAAUUAUGCGUAUGAGGGCGGCGGCAGCACAGCCGGUUCGCUUAGCUCAUUGGCCUCAGGCACCGACGAUGAGCAGCAGGAGUACGACUACCUCGGCGCCUGGGGUCCGCGCUUCGACAAGCUGGCCAAUAUGUAUGGCCCCGAAGCGCCCAAUCCACAUAAUACCGAGCUCGAAUUGUAAGUCUCCAGCCAUAAAGUAGAAAGAGAAGCGAGGCAAAGCGGAAGAUCACGAGAUGCGUGAGGCAGACGCAGUUGAAUAUAGCCACAAAAGUUGCAUUUAAAAAUUCUACUAUUGAGGUUAGGCAAAAUCAGAGAGCGAAACGAUUUUCCAGCUCAACUCGAAACAACACAAAGAAGCGCAACCAAAGAAGCAUGGCAAAAAGAAAACUAAAAAGAAAAC